UCGCCACCAUGGAUGAGCUGUCAGCAUCAAACGGCACCUUUGCCUUGACCCUUCUGAAAAAGCUGGGUGAGGACAACUCGAAAAAUGUGUUUAUCUCGCCCCUAAGCCUCUCCUCUGCCCUGGCCAUGGUCCUCAUGGGGGCCAGGGGCAACACCGCAGCCCAGAUGUGCCAGACGCUUUCUCUAAAUAAGAGCAGUGGGGGAGGUGAAAAUGUCCACCAGGAUUUCCAGAACCUUCUCAGUGAAGUUAAUAGGAUGGACACACAGUACUUACUCAGAACGGCCAACCGGCUUUUUGGAGAGAAGACUUACGAUUUCCUCUCGUGUUUCAAAGAUGCCUGCCGCGUGUUCUACCAAGCAGAGAUGGAAGAGCUGGACUUUGUCAGCGCUUCGGAGGAGUCCAGGAAGCACAUAAACACCUGGGUAGCUGAAAAGACAGAAGAUAAAAUUAGAGACUUGCUCUCUGCAAAUUCGGUUAACCCCAUGACACGUCUGGUUCUCGUGAAUGCCAUCUACUUCAAAGGAAACUGGGAUAAACAGUUUAACAAAGAAAACACCAGGGAAAGGCCAUUCAAAGUCAGCAAGAACGUGGAGAAACCUGUGCAGAUGAUGUUCAAGAAGUCCACCUUUAAAAUGACCUACAUUGAAGAAAUAAGCACCCAGAUUCUGGUGCUUCCCUAUGUUGGCCAAGAGCUGAACAUGGUCAUCCUGCUGCCCAGUGAAAGCACGGACUUGAACACGGUGGAAAAGGCCCUGACCUACGAGAAAUUCGUCACUUGGACGAAGCCAGAUACGAUGGACGAGGAUGAGGUGGAGGUGUUCCUGCCCCGUUUCUCGCUGGAGGAGAGUUACGAUAUGGAAGGCGUCCUCCGAGACCUGGGCAUGACAGACGCAUUUGAGGCGGCCCAGGCCGACUUCAGCGGGAUGUCGUGCCAGCAAGACUUGCACCUGUCCAAGAUAGUGCACAAGUCCUUCGUGGAGGUCACUGAGGAGGGCACAGUAGCUGCGGCUGCCACAGUGGCCAGGAUCACCCCGAGAAUCCUGAGGAUCCUGCCCCGGUUCUGUGCCGACCGCCCCUUCCUCUUCUUCAUCCAGCACGGCAAGACCGGGGCCAUCCUGUUCUGCGGCCGCUUCUGCUCGCCGUGACGAGGUGUGGGGGCCCCCUGGUGCUCCUCUCUGCUCUCCCCGAUCUCUGCGAAGAGCUGAAACCCCAUGUGACCUUGGUGAAGGUCCACAAAUAAAGGGCUGA